AUGGAAAACUUCCAGUACAGCAUCCAGCUGAGCGACCGGGACUGGGCCGAGUUCUCAGCCACCAGCGAAGAGUGUGGCCUCCUGCAGGCCGGCCUGGCCUCCGGGGACGAGCUCAUGCCCAGCGACACUGACCAGGGGGACAGUCGUGGCGGCGGUCCUCCCGGGCCCCUGACCCUUCUCCAGGGACAGCAGGCUCCCGGGGGGAGCGGCUGGCCCAGCCUCGAAGAGGAGGACAAGGCAGCCACCCGGCGGCUGGUCAGCAGGUCUUGGCAUGAGCCCAGCUUGGCUGCGGGGGCUGGUCAGCAGACACCCAGCACGUCCACACGGUCAGAAGCUCUGCCAUCCCUCAGCUCUGGUGCCGCUCCUCCCAGCCAGAGCUCAUCUCUCCUAGGGCCCGAGUCUUCCGGAGACGAGAUGCAGAGGCUUCUGCAGGGGCCAGACCCCCAGAGCCCUGCACCCAGUCCCCCUGGUGGGCCUCCUCCGAGCCUCGAGUCCUCUGGCUGCAGGGAUGUCCCCCAGAGACCCCUCGGCAGCCCUGGAGCCCCGCCACGCAGCCCCAGCCGAAAGAAGAGGCGUGCUGCGGGCACCAAGGGGGGUGGGCACCCAAGUACCCCAGGCUCUGCUCCCGCCCAGCUGGGCUCCCCACUGCUCUCUGAAACCAGACCCGAGGGGGGCCCUGGCCUGGCUGGGUCCGAGGGGAAGGGUCUCCCGGCUAAGACAGAACAGCAGACAGCAGGAGCCGGGCAGGAUGAACUGGGGCCAGAAUCUGCAGGAGCCUUUGAGCAGGUGACCAGGCAGGGGCCAGGUUUGGAUCUAUCGCCACCUGUCCCAACAACGGGACAAGGGACGGACCUGCUCAGAGGGCCCCUCAGAGCUGAGCUACAUACUGUGUCUAAACCUGCCCAGGAGGCUGGUCCAGAUGUCCUGAUGGCUGAGUCAGAUGUGGCUCUGUCUACACCCACCUCCAAGCCUAGACUGGAUCUGGACCUCUCUAUCCUGGACCUAAUGGUCAAGCCGGAAGUGGACUCACCUACACCUGUCUCAAAGGCUACACCAUGUGCAGCUCCACCUCACCUUGCUCCCAAGGCCCAGACUGAUGUGCACGUGCCCGGACCUGCCGCCGACCAGGCUGGGCCUCGUUUGGUGGCGAUGGAUGUUGCACCAACAGCAGGGCCAGGUUUGAGCCCAGCUGUGCCUCCAGGGGGGCUCCGAGGGAAGCCUAUAUCAGGGGUUCCUGGACACCACUUGGGGGAGACCCCCCCAGGCCCUGUCCAAACCCCCAAAAAGAAGAAAGUGCGAUUCUCCACAGCUGUGCCCAGCCCCCAGGAGCUGGGCUCAGGAGAGGCCCUGGGCCCACCCUCACUAGCCACAGCCCAGCCCUCGGCCCCCAGGACAGCAGCUGGGGCCCGCGGGGGGCCUGGAGGCUGGGACGCCAUGGCAGUUGGGCCCCGCACUCCUCAGCCUCGGAUCCUCAAGCACCUGCCUCCUCCUGCCCCCUCUGCCUCCGGAGGGCCUGGGCCCAGGAGCUGCUUUACAGUGACCCUCCCAGAGGCCUAUGAGUUUUUUUUCUGUGACACUAUUGAGGAGGAGGACGAAGAUGUGGAGGAGGUGCCAGAGUCUGGCCAGGCCCCAGCCGAAGUCCAGUGGCCAGACAUGUGUGAGUUCUUCUUCCAGGACUGCAGAGCCCAGAGGCCGGGACACCGGGGUGGCCUCUCUGCAGUCCCACCCCCACAAGCUGUGCCUGUGCCAGCCCCUCUACCUGGAGACCUGAUGCCCAUCUCCAUCCCUGAGGCCUAUGAACACUUCCUUGGGGAGGACAGGUCAGCGGACAUGCGGGGGCUAGCUGACUUUCUCCAGCUGAGGGCCACGGAGGCCCCCAGGCCAGUCCCCGGGGGAGUGGGGCCAGGCACCCUACCAGAGCCCAGCCCAGGCACAGCACAGCAGCUCCAUCUGGUGGCCAGGCAAGCAGGGGAGCCUCGGGACUCCCUUGCCGCGUUUACCUUCAACCAGAAUGACAUGUGCCUGAUGUUCGUGGCCUUUGCCACUUGGGCUGUGAGAACCUCAGAUCUGCAUACCCCAGACGCCUGGAAAACAGUGCUGCUGGCCAACAUCGGUACCGUCUCUGCCAUCCACUACUUCCGCCGGCAGGCGGGGCAGGGGCGCUGAAGCCACAGCCACAGCUCCUAGGACCCAGGCUUGGACCAGGAAGGCGCAGGACAAGGAAAUGGCCACAGGUGCUCACAAUGAGGCACUGUCCUCAGGCCUUGCCCUUUGACCCCUGUGUUCUACAGAUGUAG